AUGGGCAAUUGCUGCCCAGGCUCCGGGGAUGCGGAGCCCGCGCCCGCCGCCUCCACCGACCCCUCCUCCCGCCUCGGUUCCGGCGCCCCGUCGCUCAAGGCCGGCGUCUCGGCCAGCUCGGCCCCGACCCCCACCAAGCCGCCGGCGCCCAUCGGCCCGGUCCUGGGCCGCCCAAUGGAGGACGUGCGGAGCAUCUACACCAUCGGCAAGGAGCUCGGGCGCGGCCAGUUCGGCGUCACCAGCCUCUGCACGCACAAGGCCACCGGGGAGCGCUUCGCAUGCAAGACCAUCGCCAAGCGGAAGCUGUCCACCAAGGAGGACGUGGAGGACGUGCGCCGCGAGGUGCAGAUCAUGUACCACCUCGCCGGCCAGCCCAACAUCGUGGAGCUCAAGGGCGCGUACGAGGACAAGCAGUCCGUGCACCUCGUCAUGGAGCUCUGCGCCGGCGGUGAGCUCUUCGACCGGAUCAUCGCCAAGGGCAAGUACACCGAGCGCGCCGCCGCCGCGCUGCUCCGCACCAUCGUCGAGAUCGUGCACACCUGCCACUCCCUCGGCGUCAUCCACCGGGACCUCAAGCCCGAAAACUUCCUCCUCCUCAGCAAGGACGAGAACGCGCCGCUCAAGGCCACCGACUUCGGGCUCUCCGUCUUCUUCAAGCAAGGGGAGGUGUUCAAGGACAUCGUCGGCAGCGCCUACUACAUCGCGCCGGAGGUGCUCAAGAGGAACUAUGGCCCUGAGGCGGACAUCUGGAGCAUCGGCGUCAUCCUCUACAUCCUCCUCUGCGGAGUUCCGCCCUUCUGGGCCGAGUCCGAGCACGGCAUCUUCAACUCCAUCCUGAGGGGGCAGGUCGACUUCUCCAGCGACCCGUGGCCACGCAUUUCGCCAGGCGCCAAGGACCUCGUCAAGAAGAUGCUCACCUCUGACCCCAAGAAGAGGAUCUCUGCCUACGACGUCCUCAAUCAUCCUUGGAUCAAGGAAGAUGGUGAAGCGCCAGACACGCCACUGGACAACGCUGUCAUGAACAGGCUCAAGCAGUUCAGGGCAAUGAACCAGUUCAAGAAAGCCGCCCUGAGGGUCAUUGCUGGGUGCCUGUCGGAGGAGGAGAUCAGAGGUCUGAAGGAGAUGUUCAAAAGCAUGGACGCCGACAACAGCGGCACCAUCACCGUGGACGAGCUGCGGCGAGGGCUGGCCAAGCAGGGCACCAAGCUCAGCGAGGCCGAAGUGGAGCAGCUAAUGGAGGCCGCCGACGCCGACGGGAACGGGACGAUCGACUACGAGGAGUUCAUCACCGCGACGAUGCACAUGAACCGGAUGGACAGGGAGGAGCACCUCUACACCGCGUUCCAGUACUUCGACAAGGACGGCAGCGGGUGCAUCUCGAAGGAGGAGCUGGAGCAGGCGCUCAAGGAGAAGGGCCUCCUGGACGGCAGGGACAUCAAGGAGAUCAUCUCAGAGGUCGACGCCGACAACGACGGGAGGAUCGACUACAGCGAGUUCGUGGCUAUGAUGAAGAAAGGGAACCCCGAGCAGAACCCCAAGAAACGGCGCGACGUCGUCCUAUAGGAGACCGAGGAUGGAGCUAGCUAGCUGCUGAAUCGGCGGCAGUAUAAAUCAGCCGGCUCGUCUCUCCACUGAUCGAUCGGUUUCGCCCUCGAGCGGAGUUGAUGCCACUGCGGGUUGUUCGCACACUUCAGCGGAGGCGAUGCACACGCACUCGUCUGCGAACACAUCGGGUCACUGAAGCCUGAAGGGGCCAGUGACCCUGAACAUUGUAAACUACGAGAUGAAAGGAUGGGUGCCAUGCCGAUGCGUUGCCUCCGUAUUACUAGGCCAUACAGAAGCAGCAGCCUGUGUUAGAACUGUUUGUAAAACGUUACUGAUGGUUCGAAUUCGUCAGUGGCUUGUCGACCCGCGACGAGAGGGAACUGUGCUGUGUAUCUUCAGAUGUGUAAGGAAAACAGAAUAGGCAUACGCGAAACCUAAAAUUCA